UAAACUUGUUGAGAAUCCGCAGAGAAAGAAGCCCAGUAUUGACUUUAGCGGCUAACGUUAGCUUGUCGACCCUAAACAGAGAAAGAAGCUCUUUUUUUAAACAUUUAUAAAGACGUUAAUUAAAGCGACUGAGGCAUGCCCCAGAAAGACCCGUGUCAAAAGCAGGCAUGUGAAAUUCAAAAGUGUUUACAAGCUCACAGGUACGUGGAGAGAAUGUGUGACCAUGUGAUCCAAGAGAUGCGGAGAUGCUGUGAGAAUCAGGCCGGAAAAUCCGUGUGCUGCUCCGGCUUCAGGGAGCCGAAACCUGCGGAGGACAAGACGAAAACAUUAUAAACUUCACCUAUUGAAUGUCAUGACGUCACAUUGUAUCAAUUUGUUAUCUGACUAACCUUGUGUUGUAAACAUUGCAAACAGUUUGUUUGUUUCAUCAUGUGUAAGAGUAUUAUUGUUGUUAUUAUUAAAGGGAGCCUGCACAUAUCCAGAUUAUUUCAUGCGCGUUCUGUUUUAACUACAUUAACAUAAAGAAGGAACAAUGCAGCAUUAUAUGAACAUUAAUGAAAUAAUCCAUGCAGCAUGGAUGCGACAGAAAAUAUACAUGGACUAAAUAAAAAAAAAAUAUAUAUCAACAAUUUCAAUUGUGUCAACGGCCAAUGAAAAAGAGAUUAGUUUAAACAAACUGGAAAAUAGCUGAAUAAAUAUUGUAAUAGGUCUUUAUUUAUGAGGAAAUGCACUGUUUUUUGUCUGUGUUUUUAAUAUUUUAAAUAAACCAAGUCAGAAUCAA